AUGGCCUGGGGGCUGCCCAGCACCACCAGCCUGGCGCGCUUCUGCCAGAAGCUGAACCGGCGGAAGACACUGGAGGAGCCCACCAUGGAGACAUCACUGCAGCGCCACCUGACUACGCUGGACCUGACCCUGCUGGGUGUGGGUGGCAUGGUGGGCUUUGGCCUCUAUGUGCUCACAGGCACUGUGGCCAAGUGGAUGGCUGGCCCUGCAAUGCUUGUGUCCUUCAGCGUGGCUGCUGUGGCCUCCCUGCUUGCAGCCCUAUUCUACGCAGAGUUGGCAGUGUGUGUGCCCCUCAGGGGCUCUGCCUACCUGUUCACAUAUGUGUUCACGGGUGAGCUGUGGGCCUUCCUCAUUGGCUGGAUCAUGCUCAUCCAGUGCCUCCUUGGUGGAUCCGCCAUGGCCCGCGUCUGGAGCAGCUACCUGGACAUCAUCUUUAGCCACCGCAUCCAGAGCUUCACCGAGGCCCAUGUGGGCAUCUGGCAGUUGCCUGUCUUGGCCCGGUACCCAGACUUCUUGGCUGCUGCCAUCAUACUUUUGGUCUUGGCUCUCGUCUCCUGUGGAGGUCGCAUCUCUUCCUGGCUCAACCACACCUUCUCUGCCAUCAGCCUUGCCAUCAUCCUCUUCAUCAUCAUCCUGGGGUUUGUCCUGGCCCGUCCACACAACUGGAGCGCUGAGGAGGGCGGCUUUGCGCCCUUUGGUUUCUCUGGCAUCAUGGCUGGUGCUGCCACCUGCUUCUACAGCUUCGUGGGCUUUGGUGCCAUUGCUGCCUCCAGCAAGGAGACCCGAAAUGCAAAGCAAGCUGUUCCUAUGGCCCUUGCCAUCUCAGUUGGUCUGGUGGCUGGUGCCAACAUCCUGGUCUCCAGUGUGCUCACCCUCAUGGUGCCCUGGCAUAGCCUAGACCCUAACUCGGCACUUGCUGAUGCCUUCCUCCAGCGGGGCUAUAGCUGGGCGGCCUUCAUUGUGGCAGCUGGUGCAAUCUGUGCCAUGAGCACUCUCCUGCUCACCAUCUUCUUGUUCGUGCCACGCAUGGUCUGUGCCAUGGCUGCUGAUGGGCUCUUCUUCCAAGUGUUUGCCCACAUGCACCCCCGGACACAGGUGCCUGUGGUGAGCCUUCUGGUGUUCGGGGUCCUCGUGGCUUUCCUGGCGCUGCUGCUGGACCUCCAGGCACUGUUUCAGUUCCUUUCCAUUGGAACACUUCUGGUCCUCACUGUCCUGACCACUAGCAUUAUCAUUCUACGCUUCCAAAAGGCCCCUCCAUCCAGUUCUCAGGGGCCAGGCAGCCCUGUGGGCACUGAGCAGGCCUCAGCCCCUGAGGUCGGGCAGCUGCGACCAGCCCUGAGGCCCUACCUCAGCUUCCUGGGUGGGUGCAGGCCUGGAGCUGCCGUGGCUUGGGCACUCGGUGUCCUGGUGGCCUCAGCCAUCACCUUGGACUGCGUGCUGGUCUUUGGGGACACGGCCCUGCACCUCCCGCCCUGGGGCUACACCCUGCUGCUCCUGCUCAGCUCCACCACGUUUCUGCUCAGUCUCCUCGUCCUGGGGGCCCACCAGCAGCAGCGCCGGCAGGACACCUUUCAGGUUCCCAUGGUGCCCCUGACUCCCGCCCUGAGCAUCCUCCUCAACAUCUUCCUCAUGCUUCACCUGAGCUACCUGGCCUGGCUUGGCUUAUCCAUCUGUCUGCUGCUCGGACUUGGGGUGUAUUUUGGCUAUGGCAUCUGGCACAGCAAGGAGAACCAGCAGGAGCAGCCACGGUUGACUGGCCCACACGGCAGCCUGGAGGAGAUGGUGCCAGCCCUGCAGCUGCCCAGGCAGGCACCAACCCAGGAGUCCAGCCAUACAGAGCAGCUCGCCAGUCCAUGA